GAAGAAUUUUGACCUGCACUUUCUUGACUCACCUGAAGAUAACGACCCAGACUUCAAAUAUCCGCUAGCUCCCAAUCUCCAAUCUUCCUUCAUCCACAUCCACAUACAGCUUCCAAAAUGUGUCCUACCUGCGAACCUGAGCAGACCAACGGCCAUGCCAAUGGCACCAACGGCACCUCCAAUGGCAACCACGAGGGCUUCACCGGCGUCCAGACACGCAAUAACCCUCGUCCUGACCACGUCAGUCCCUACAAGCCCGUAGGAGAUUUCCUUUCGAACGUCUCUCGCUUCAAGAUUAUCGAGAGCACACUCCGUGAAGGCGAGCAGUUUGCCAAUGCCUAUUUCGACCUCGACGCCAAGAUCAAGAUCGCUAAGGCGCUUGAUGAAUUUGGUGUUGACUACAUCGAAUUGACCAGCCCUGCUGCUUCUGAGCAGUCAAGAAAGGACUGCGAGGCCAUCUGCAAGCUCGGUCUCAAGGCCAAGAUCCUCACCCAUGUACGCUGCCAUCUCGAUGAUGCCAAGAUUGCCGUCGAGACCGGUGUCGAUGGACUUGAUGUUGUUAUUGGAACCUCGAGCUACCUCCGCGAGCACAGCCACGGCAAGGACAUGACAUACAUCAAGAACACCGCUCUGGAAGUCAUUGAGUUCGUCAAGAGCAAGGGCAAGGAGAUUCGUUUCUCUUCUGAGGACUCUUUCCGCUCAGACCUCGUCGAUCUGCUCUCCAUCUACAGCGCCGUUGACAAGGUCGGUGUCAACCGUGUUGGUAUCGCCGAUACUGUUGGUUGCGCUUCUCCUCGCCAGGUCUACGACCUCGUCCGCACACUUCGUGGUGUCGUCUCUUGUGACAUUGAGACUCACUUCCACAACGACUCUGGCUGCGCCAUUGCGAACGCAUACUGCGCUCUUGAGGGGGGUGCUACUCACAUCGAUACCUCCGUUCUUGGUAUUGGUGAGCGUAACGGUAUCACGCCUCUUGGUGGUCUUAUGGCCCGUAUGAUUGUCGCGGACCGUGACUACGUCCUCUCCAAGUACAACAUCAAGAAGCUCAAGGAGGUCGAGGAUCUCGUUGCCGACCUUGUCGAGGUCAACAUCCCCUUCAACAACUACGUUACCGGAUUCUGCGCCUUCACCCACAAGGCUGGUAUCCACGCCAAGGCUAUCCUGAACAACCCCUCGACUUACGAAAUCAUCAACCCCCAGGACUUCGGCAUGUCUCGUUACGUCCACUUUGCCAGCAGACUUACUGGCUGGAACGCCAUCAAGUCCCGUGCUGAGCAGCUUGGCCUCAAGAUGUCUGAUGCGCAGUACAAGGAGUGCACAGCCAAGAUCAAGGCCAUUGCCGAUAUUCGCAAGAUUGCGCUUGACGAUACCGACUCGAUCAUCCGUACCUACCACCACAACUUGCACGCCGAGGAGGAGCAGCCCCUUCUGCCUGGUAUGACCGAAGAGGAGAAGAAGAAGUUCGUUGAGGCCGAGAAGGAGCUCAGCGGAGUGCCAGAGAAGAGGGCGCUGGACGCUGCCGCAGAUGCGGAGGCUGAGGUCCCAGCUGCUAAGAAGACAAGAUCGGCCGCCGUCGCCUAAGCGUUUGAACGUGUGUAAAAUUGGGUAUCCGGCGUUUCUUGCUUUUCUUUACUGUCAGUCUCAGGGAUUGUACUUUCACGGCAUGUCUGCAUAUUCCGGUUACGGAAAAGUCGUUUUGUUUUGAUACCUCAGAUCGACGAGCUUUGAUAGCUUGUCGCAGCACAUAGAGCACGCUGCCUGUCUAUGGGCGCAAAGAAGCCUAAAGUCAAUGGUAA